AUGGCCUCCCCGUUUACCUCCCCAAGAUCCGCCCCGGGUACCCGGCCUUUGAAUCGUAACUUGUAUCAGUGCGGAACAUGCUCUCAAUCAUUCAGCCGAGUUGAUCAUCUGUCCCGCCAUGUUCGGUCCCGUAAGUUACCCUUCGCUAUUCUCGGCUGCCGUAUAUCUGCAGCAAAAGGUUUGGGAGGAUGUGAGAUUUACUUGCCCAAAGAUCUUCUCAAUAGACAUUCGUCCCUCCACAAUACCGAUGGAGAUGGGCCUGUGUCAAAGAAGCGCCGUCGGAAUGGCUGUAACACUACCAUGAUUGCCCGGGCGUCUCAGGCAUGCACUGCAUGUGCAGAGGACCACCUCCGAUGUGACGAGGAGAAACCGUGUAAACGAUGUCAGCGAAGAAAUAUUCAGUGCAAGGUGCCCCCGAAGCAAAUAGAUGAGCUUAGCACCUCACCCACUAUCCCUGAGAUGCAGAAUGCAGGCGGUGACCCAAGCUCUCUGAGUAACCCCACGUCUAAGCCUGACAUCACAAACGAUCAACUGUAUCAAAUGUCUGCCAGUCCUCCAGCAGAAAUACCAGCAGCCGAUAUUUGGUCCCAGGUCCCGUCUCACCAUGCUCCAACCGAUCCGGAAAUCGAUGUCUCGGCGUCGCUAACAAAAGCCUAUCCGGACCUUAUAACGCCGGACUCAGUUGAUAUGCUUACGGCUGGUCUCUCUAUGGAUUCUUUGAGUGGCGUUAGAACGCCAAGGGGGCUGAUUACCUUCGGAUUAGAAACAGACCUCGAUCUUAGCAUGGUUGAUCUCAGCUUCUUAGAAUCAUACAAUUUCCGAAUCCCCUUUCAGAUUGACGAGCAUGAAACCCCUCCAUCAUUUUCCGGUUCUGCCCUGGGGGACUGUGCGGCAGGUACAAGCUAUAGCACACCCAAUGAUCGCUCUAUGCAGCGAUUGCGAUGGCACUUUGUCCCUGAGCCGCAGGAUCACGGAUAUGCUGAACACAAUAAUCUAUUACUACCCACUCAUGCAGAUCAGAACUCGACACCAAGGAACUUCAUCGAUAUGGACAGUUAUUGCAAUGCAGAGAGCCUAGACCUUGCCUCGCGCGAUAAGAUACUGAGUAUCUUCCUAAGUCAGAUGAAACAUCCAAUUUCCCAAGCCACUCUGUCCUUUCCCUCUGUUGAACUGCUAGAUAUCCUGAUCCGGUAUUGUCUGACAAGUCCGAGGUCGAACGCCAAAUCGUGGAUCCAUCUUGCCACAUUUACUCCAAAGCAAACCCGGCCUGAACUCUUGCUUGCGAUGGCAGCUAUGGGAGCUGUAUUAACGCCAGAUCCUUCACUGCAGAAAUUGGGCUUUGCAAUGCAGGAGGUCGUCCGCCACCAGCUUCCUGUGGUGUUUGAGAGCGAUAAUACUAUGAUCAAUAACCUUGAAUUAUUGCAGGCAUAUAUGCUUUGCUUAGAAACCGGCCUCUGGAGCGGUAAUAAUCGAAAAAUGGAAAUCUGUGAAAGCUCUCGCCUGCCUCUAAUUACAAUUCUUCGGCGCCGAGGAUUAUUCCAUCAUUCAGCAUAUCCGCCUGUCCUCAUUAGUCCAGAGGAUGCAAGUGAUAACCUCGAUAGUAAAUGGCGUUCCUGGGUGCGGCAAGAGUCUUUCAAGAGACUCGUUUAUAAUUUGCUGCGACACGACGCUCAAUUGUCUAUGGUUCUGUUCACAAAUCCCUUGUUAUCCUAUGGUGAAAUUUCACUUUCUAUUCCUUGUUCUCGCGAUCUUUGGACUCCGAGCUCAGCUCAAAAGUGGAAAGAAUUGUACUGUGGGCGCUUCGCUAUGGGCACGACACGGAUCCCAACGCUUCUGGAGUGCAUUGCAAAUCUUGACCUCCUCGAAUGCAGCAAAGCCGUGGCAGACACCACUCUUUCAUGUUUAUCUAUACUUUGUGCCAUGUGGGGAAUGGUCUGGGAAUAUCGACAGUUUAGUAUUCUGCUGGCGGCACAAUCUCGGUACUGGGAUAAUGGGAUCCUGAUGGUAUCCCGCUACCAGGAGCUUGUCAAGAUGCUAAAGUAUUUCCAUAUGGGAUACAAGAACGAAAGCAAACUCCAUUUGAACCUUAUUUUGAUGCACAUGCACAUGUCGCUAGAGGAUGUCCAGAUUCUUGCCACGUUGGAGGAUCCCAAAAAGACCUCAGGAUUUCCGCCCUCGAUUAAUUCCUGGUCGCAAAGUAAAGAAUGCCGACAAGCACUCUGGCAUGCUGGACAGGUCAUUCGAGAGCUCAAAGCUCUUCCUUCCCAAUGUUUGCGGGACUUUAUGGCCGUUGCCCUGUACCAUGCUAGCUUGACUCUUUGGGCCUAUGGCAUGGCAAUCUCCCAUGCAACUGAAGAUAAUGCUGUGUCCCGGCCAGAUUCCAUGGGUAUGAAUAUGGAGAACAUAGUAUGGCUUGAUGGCGAUGAUACUGAAGGUGUGCAUCGCUAUAUCGCUUUAGAGCGUGGCAUCCCUGCUUUGCAUGGAGCUCAGCCGCAUAUAGCGUCUGCCUCUCUAGCUGAACCUGGCGCCAUUUUGGAGCUAGUUCUCCAAAUAAUGCAUAGAAACCAUUACGGUGAGCGGGAGCCGCCUUUGGUAGAGAACUUGGUCCAUCUCAUAGAGAAAUUACGGGACGUUAGCAAGUAA